AUGGCUGGCUUUACUGAUACACUCCAAGGGGGUGGGUUAGCUAGAGCUCAAAGAGCUCUCUUACAAUUCGAGAGAGAUCCGCAGCGACUUGAUCGCGAGAGAGUACGAUUUGACGAUCCUUUAUCAGUAUAUGCAUCAGACCGAUCGGGUACAACGACUCGAUCUCAGAGUCCUGAUGGUCCCAGCGAGGAGCAACAACUCCAGCAGGAACGACGAAAUAAGCUGGCAGAGAAGCGCCAGGCUUCGGAACCGCACAAACAAUUCGCUGCUCAGGUGGAAGAGGAAAGAAGACGGAUCUGGAAUAGUGACCCAAGUACCAAGUGA